GCAGCAUGGGUGAUCAAGAUUACAGCUCAGACGCCGGACUAAAGCGUCCCCCACCCCCAGAUGAGUACAGCAGUUAUGGGGGAGAACAAGGAGGAAACUACGAUGCCGGAGCCGGUGGAAACUACCAGGAAAGCUCUGGUUACAGUUACGACGCCGGUGGCCAAGCUGACAGCGGUGGCCAAGCUGACAGCGGGUACACCUACGAUCCCAAUGCGAGCAGCGCUGCAACUCCAUACGAUCCAAAUGCUAACACUGGUAAUCAAUAUGCUCCCAAAGCUAGCACUAGGGGCAACAGCUAUCACCAGGAGGCUCCAGAUGCUCAGCCGGACGAACAGCAGUCCCAGGGAGGUGGCUACAACCAGGGAGGCGGCUACAACAACCAGGGCAACAACAACUACAGAGGUCGAGGAGGAGGCAGAGGCCGGGGCCGGGGCGGCAAUAACAAACAAAACUAUUACAACCAAGGUGGCAAUAACUACAACAGCCAGAAUCAAGGCGGUUACAACCAGCAGACCUACUACACGCAAGGCCAAGGUCAGCCUGGAGGUGGUCAGGGUGAUUUUAACUACGGUGGGGAAGAAGGUGUCGAUUACGGAUAUAUGUCGAAGAAGAGGAGGAUUAUUGAUGAUGUCUACAGAUUUCUGGUGCCUACCAGAACUGUUCGUGUGAUCAUUGGCAAGGGCGGUGAAACAAUCAAGAGUAUAAAAUCUAUUGUUCCUGAAUCAAAGAUAUCCAUCUAUGCUCAGGGAACCAACAAUUCUGAGAUACCCCACAAUGCGUCCGACAGAGUUAUGAGCGUGCAGUGUCCGCUGGAAUCCCUGGCCAAGAUUUUGAAUGAACUUGUUCCUAAAAUGCAGCUUUUCGAAGGAGGUAAACUCGACAUCAGGUUGCUGGUCCCCCAACAUUCCUGCAGCGCAGUUAUCGGACAAAAAGGAGCCACGAUAAAACAAAUCAAAGAAGAAACUAACAGCAGUUUUAUCGGCGUUCACAACGACCCGCUGCCAAACUCAGAGGAGCAUGUAGUGAAAGUAAUAAACACAGAUCUGCAGGGCUGUGUUGAGGCUGUGGUUAGGGUAUGUGCCAGCAUUACUGAGACGAAGGGAAAACAGCACGUUACUUUCUACGAUCCCCAGGUAUGGCAGAAGGGUUCCUAUGGAGAUACUGGUAGUUGGCUGGAGACAGCGAAUGAUUACGGCGGUGGACGUGGGAGAGGUCGCGGCGGGCGCGGUGGACGCAGCGGAUUCUACAACAACCGUGGGGGCGGUGGUGGCGGUGGAUAUGGCAGUGGUGACGGUGGUAACAGCGGAUAUUAUAACCAGCAAAACAGCGGAGGAUAUGAUAAUCAACAAGCUGAGAACCAAUCCUACAACUACGAUCCCAACACGGAAACGGCGGCUGAUAACAACAAAACGGAAGGCCAAGGACAGGAAAACUAUGUUUCGUACCCGAGUUAUUAGGCAGCAGUCUGACAGACUUGUUAUCACAACCUGCACUCCCGAAUUUAACAUAUUUUAUUUUAUCAUUACAAACUUUGUUAAAACUAUAUGAUGUUUCACAUUGACGGUGAAUAAGUUAUAUCGAUUGUUUGAUAAGAGACGACUAUAAAGACUUAUUCGAAGAUCCUAACGAUUAUUUGAUUCGCCCGGAGGCGCUCUUGAAAUUUUAUGUCAGCCGAAAUACAGACUGUUCUUUUAUAGUGCUGACCCUUUCGAAGUUGAAUAAACUUAACUUAUUAAACAUUAUUAUGUGGAAGUUGAAACAUAAAAUUCGGUACACACUUUAUCUCUGCGAUGAAUUGAAAUGUCCUGGCUUCGUUUUUAUAACCCCCUAGCGCGUUCCAAUUGACGACUUUUU